UAGUGGCUGCGGCGGCACUGAAACGAUCUAUGGUUGGAGGGGCUGGGCCUGAGGAGUGCACAAUGCUGCUGAGCUAGAAAGCUUGUGGCUUCCCUGUCUCUGUGCUGGUCACAUGGAAGGGCUUGUGCUAUGGAAAGUGGAAUUGAAAUGACCUCUGGCCUAUGGUAGGAGGGGCUGGGCCUGAGGAGUGCACAGUGCUGCUGAGCUAGAAAGGAGUCACAGGAUGGACCUGGCGCUGGUUAUUUUUUUGUUCCACAUUCACAUUUCUAAAGCUGCAUUUCCGGCAUUACCAUAUCUUGUCUUCCUGCCUGCAGCUUGUGGCUUCCCUGUCUCUGCGCUGGUCACAUGGAAGCGCUCAUGCUAUGGAAAGUGGAAUUAGUAGGCCAAGUUCUUUCCCGCAAGCCUUCCAGCAUGGCUGGGUCUGCCUCGUGACCCUGCUCGUUCCUGUAGAGCUUGCAAGAGCAGACCUGAGAUGGUUUGAGGCCUUGCUCUGCUCCCACUUCGGAGUGAGGUUAUAGAAAUUUCAGACACUCCUAGGCCGCGCACAGGAGCAUGGAGAUCCCAAAGCAAAGGGCGGGGUGAUAUUCUUUAGAGUAAAUCUGUGGAUUGAAUCUGUCGGAUGGAGUAAUAAUCCUGAGACGAUAGCUCCUUGUGAAAGGAUCCUCUGAAACACCAUUUCUCAAAUGUGGCCACCAGUGGAUUUUUUUGCAGCCAUGACAGCCUCCAAAGAGCCCCAACAAUCGCUGAGAUGUUAAGUAUUAAAGUUGUCUUAUGAAUGCCAUGAAUCAUAAUGUGCACUCAUGCCCUUCUAAAUAUUACAGUACAGUGCAGGGAGAACUGAACUGCGUAGGGGUGGUUUUCUUUCAAAUCACAAAGCAUAUUAAUUGGCUAAUAACUAUGUUUACAUGUCGCACUACUGUAGCUCCGUAAGCGGCUGUUGGCCAGCAUCCUCAGCAAGAUCACUGUGUGGUGUUUGGGUAGGUUGAGAUUGUUCGUGGCAGAUGGCGAAAGAGUUAAAAAGGGAAAUGGAUAUCAGAAAGGUUUUCAAACCACCAGAGCCAGAAAAUGCCCCUGCAUGUGAUGCAGAGAUGGUCCCGGAGGAGCUACCUGCUGCUAAGAAAAGCAGAACGUGGAAGGAAGAAAAUCGAAAAUUUCAGGAGCAGUGGGAGAUGCGGUUUCUUGUGCUUCUCAAGCCAUCCCAUUCCAUUUCUGAGCAAGUUGCGGUGUGUGCUGUUUGUAAGAAGGAAAUUCGUCAAAUUAAAAUGUACGCAAUGCAGCGUCACUAUAAGACUCAUGCAGAGGAAGUUGAACAGAAUUACCGUAGUGAGUUUCAGAGGCGCAAGCUGUUAAAUGAUGCAAAAACCGAGCUCGAAAGACAACAGCGACUGCCCAGAGAUUUCCUGAAGAAAGCGGAUCAGAUCUGGGUGGCUACUAUUAAAGCGGCUCUGCUUUUGGGGCAAGCAAGGAAAUCUCUCGACGACGGAGAACUCGUGAAGAAAAUAGUUCUGGCCGUUCAACCAGAAAAUACGCUUUUCAGAGAGCUACCACUGAGCAACGACACGUUACAGAGGAGCACAAGAGAUCUAGCGAACUUUCUACAAAACGAAAUAGUCGAGAAAGUCGCAGCGAGCCCUUUCUACAGCCUGUGCUUGGUUGACAGCCUGGAUGUCGUGAAGAAUCCCCAGAUAAUCGUCUGCGUUCGCUUUUUUGACUCUUCUCACUGUUGUUUUACCGAAGGCGUUUUAUGUCAGGUGAGCCUCACAGAUAGGCCAACUGGCAAACAUGUUUUUCGGUGUGUUCAGGCAAGAAUGCAGGAAUGCCGGGUUAGCUUUGACAAUCUGUGCGGCUUGACAGCAGAUGGGGCAGUGGCCAGGCAAGGUGCCCAAGCAGAGGUGUUGAAUUGCUUCCAAGAAAGCUGCCCUCAGAAGCUUUUUCUGUUUCGCUGGUUUGUCCACCAAGAAGUACUUGCCAGCAAGGCUUCAAUGGAAAGUAUGGAUGAGGUCGAAUCCAUAGUGAAAAAAUGCAUCCAUGCCGUGAACACCAGCGGUGUCAAUAAAGAGAGAUUGACAACUCUGUGGGACACGGGCUCUGAGACACACAAGGUGCUGCUGAAUAACAACCUGGUCCACUGGCUUAGUUUUAAUGACAAUGUACAGUGGCUGUUUGAGCUCCGGGGAGAGCUCAUUGAGGUUUUGAACACAGUUUCACCGGAACUGUCCCAAAAGCUACAAGAUCCAGAAGUACAUGGUUGUUUGCUCUUUUUGAAGGAGUUUUUACCAAAGCUUGCGUCCUUGAACCUGGAGCUCCAGAUACCUCAGCUAACAAUAUUUGACCGCGUUGAAGUAAUUCAUACAUUCCGAAUGACCAUCGCUGACAUCGUCCAGCAACUACAAGAGAAACGGGACUUUUCCGUUUUUUCUGAGCUUAGUGGGUUUCUCAGCUGUCAGGAUGAGUGCAUGCAGCGCAAGGUCGGCUCAGCUGUAACCAAAUACCUGUGUAGCCUCUUGGAAGAUCUUGAAAAUUGUUUCAGCGAGGGACACUUUUUCCGUCAGUACACUUUUGUGACGGACCCAUUCAGCAAUUCUGGUUCAGGGUUUUUGGCUGCAGACAAACUAGCGGCCUUGCAAGACCGAUUAGCUUCCUUUGCCUCUUUGGAUUUAAGGAAUCUCCAGUAUCUCAUGGUGCACAUGCGUAAUAAUGCAAGGCUGAAAACAUACUUCAGUCAGCCCGGUGUUACAGUGCAGCAGUUCUGGCUCAAAGUGUACCUGUCUGAGGACACCUACAGGCCUCUAGCUAAAAUUGCUCUGCUUUUCUUGACCCUGUUUUCAACUACGGUGCUGUGCGAGAGGGCAUUUGGUGCACUGCACUGUCUGAAGAGCAAGUACCGAAACGGCCUCACUGAUGCUAACCUGGAAGCCUCCCUUCUAGUUUCACAGGAGACCCGAGAUCCUGCCGACUUCCCAUUCCAAGAGCUGCUGAACUUCUGCAGGUAGUCU